AUGAUGAUGAUGCUGCGGCUCGUGCUCCUCAAUGCCCUUACCCUCUGCGGUGCAUCCCGGGAAGCUGCUCCGAGCAGGACCUCAGUGGGCUGCAGCGAGUGGUCGGUGGGACGCUUGGCCCUCCCAGGACCUCAUGGAGAGGCUCCACCUUCUCUCACAUCCCAGAUCUCUCUCCAAGAUAACUCCGGAACCAGCUGGCAGCACAUCUGUGGAGGGUCCCUCACCCAGAGGAACUGAGUGCUGACGGCAGCGCACUGCGUGGAUCGCUGAUCCUGUGUUCUUGGUGGUAACACGACCUUCCGCGUGGUGGCCGGCGAUCACAACCUCUACACCAAUGACAGCAGCGAGCAGGUCUUCAGCGUGAGCAAAAUCAUCAUCCACCCCCUCUGGAACACCAACAAUAUUGAGGGAGGCUACGACAUCGCCCUGCUCCGCCUCUCCAGCUACGCCACCCUGAACAGCUACGUGCAGCUGGCGGUCCUGCCCCAGGAGGGAUCCAUCCUGCCCAACAACCACCCCUGCUACAUCUCCAGCUGGGGUUACACCCACACCGACGGGCGGGUGUCCAGUGUCCUGAUGCAGGCGUACCUGUCAGUGGUGGACCACCAGAUCUGCUCCAGCACUACCUACUGGGGCUCCACUGUCAAGACCACCAGUUCCUCGCUCCGGCAGGGCGAUUCGGGGGGUCCUCUGCACUGCAUGGUGAACGGGCGGUACCAGGUCCAUGGCGUCACCAGCUUCACCUCCAGCCUGGGCUGCAACACCAGGAACAAACCCAUUAUCUUCACUCGUGUCUCUGCCUACAACUCCUGGAUAACGAGCGUACGGCAGCGGGUGACCAGGGCUGACGCCUGCGCUGGUGCCUCAGCUCCAUCCCUGCUUGGUUCAACCAUUGUCUUUCUUCUCCUUCCAGGUGAUGGCCCAGAACUGAAUGGUGGCAGAAGAGUGCAGUCCUCAGCUUGGGGGAUGGACAUCACCUUCUCCAGCAUCUCAGGGCUUUAAACUUCAUGUCUGGUGUCAAUAAACUCUGUUCCUCUCCCCGGCACGCUGGUGGGUGCUGUGCCCUGGUGCUCAGCAAGCCUUUCUGCUCCAACCCUCAGCGUCCUUUUCUUCUCCCAUAUUCUACAGCAUCCCUGUGGCCACAUCCCUCCUUUUCCUCAUCCCUUAGGAAAGAGCUGUGCGGAAAAGCAACCGGCCUCACACUUUGGGGGCAGCCAGAAAGUCCCUGGAUUAAUGGGAAAGGGGAACACUCUGCAAAUCGCCUCCAUGGGCAGUGUUGUAGGGGGAAUAGAGAGGGGAUCUUCAUCCAGAGGGAUGUGGACAGCUUGGAGAAGUGGGACCACGCAAACCUCUUGAGGUUCAACAACGCAAAGUGCACUCACAGCCCAGAAACCACCUGUGUCCUGGGCUGUAUCUAAAGCCGUGGGAGCAGCAGGGAUGGAGGGGAUUCUGCCCCUCUGCUCCGCUCUGGUGAGGCCCCACCUGGAGCCCUGUGUCCAGUUCUGGAGUCUCCAACAUAAGAAGGAGAUGGAUCUGAUGGAGCGAGUCCAGAGGAGGCCACGGGGAUGAUCCAAGGGCUGGAGAACCUCCUGUACAAGGUCAGGCUGAGAGAGUUGGGGUUGUUCAUCCUGGAGAAGAGAAGGCUGUGGGGAGACCCUAGAGCAGCUUCUGGUCUGGAAAGGGGCUCCAGGAAAGCUGGGGAGGGGCUCUUGGUCAGGAAGGUCAGAGAGAGGAUGAGAGGAACGGUUUUGAGCUGAAAGAGGGGAGAUUGGGAUGAGAUCUUGGGAAGAAAUGUUUUGCUGUGCAGGUGAGGAGGCCCUGGCCCAGGUUGCCCAGAGCAGUGGUGGCACCUCUGGAGGUGUUGAAGGCCAGGUUGGAUGGGGCUUGGAGCAACCUGGUGCGGUGGGAGGUGUCCCUUCUUCUGCAGGGAUGUUGGUCUAGAUGAGCUGUGAAUGUCCCUUUCGAUCCAAACCAUUCCAGGAUUUGGUCAGGAUUGUUCCCUGCUGGUAGAUCCAUUUCUCUUCCAAACCUGACCUUCCUUGCCGUGAGGGAUGAUGGAUUUGCUCCUGUUACCACCUUUCCCCACAGAUGCAGCCCACAAGUGCCAUCUGUGCCGUGACACCACCCAAGCGCCGGCACGGGGCCAAAACCCAACACCGCAAUUGUACCAAAGGACAAAUUGAA